GACAAAGUCCUCGAAAUCGACGUCAAAGCCUCGCAACAGCAAAUCCGCGAUGCCUACAAAAAAGCAGCACUAAAGCACCACCCAGACCGCGUGCCCUCAGACUCGCCCGAGCGCGCAAGCCGCACAAAGCGCUUCCAGCAGAUUAACGAUGCAUACUACACGCUCUCGGACGCCACGCGCCGCCGCGACUACGACGCCGCACGCACAUACAACAGCUUCACAGGCAGCACCGCAACGCCCGACCCGGAGUUUGACGAGGAGAUACCUCACAAUGCCAACGCCAACGCGGGCGCCGGUACAGGAUUCGCCCAAGGCUUCCCUUGGUCAGCCUUCGGCUUCGGAUCUGCUCCAGCAGGCACAACGGAAGAAUCGCACAACCGCUUCUCCGAAGAGCAGUUCGGCGGCAUUUUUGAGGAGAUGCUGCGCGAAGAGGGCAUGGCGGAUGCAGAGGCCCAUCCUACAGGCAAGUUCUGGAGUUUAGUCGGCGGGCUGAGUGGUGGGGCUAUGGGAUUCAUUGUUGCCAAUUUUCCCGGUAUGGUUGCGGGGGCUGUUGCGGGGAAUCGAUUGGGCGCGGUUAGGGAUGCCAAGGGCAAGAGUGUCUAUGCGGUUUUUCAGGAGAUGCCGCAGGCGGAUAAGGCGAGGCUGUUGAGUAGCCUUGCGGCUAAGGUGUUUGCUAAUGUGGUUUCUGCCUAAGGGGUUUGGGAGAUUACGAGAUUGGGCUUUUGGUGAGGUUUGGGCGCGAAAUGGGCAAGCCUAAGGUUAUGAUGAUUAGAUGAUGACGAUGGGAUAUCCUGGAGAAGGGGAAAUGAUUUCGGACAUUUUUUUCAUAUUUGUCCUUGGGUUCAGUUUGGGAUACGAAUACGAUAUGACGUUUUGAAUAUGAUGGGGCACCUCUGAACUUGGGGCAGGAAGUGACAUCUUAUGGGCAGCGUGGAAAACCGAAGAACGAAGUUGAAUAAUUUUGCAAUUGCGCCUCAUGAAAGUAGGGAUAAGGCUUAACAGCCUAACCUCUUCAUAAGGGAGGGAUAUCUCUAAAGCCAAAAAAAAAUUGGCACCAAAACAAAACAAACAAGCGAUAAUUUCCGAAAUAAGAGAUAAAGAAGUAGAAAACCAAAGAAAAUAUGAACCUAGAUA